UUAGAAUAUUUACAUUUUUAAAUAUCUUUGUGCAGACUUAUAAAAAAAAAUCAUCAUCAGUCCACCAACACAAAGAAUACCUUUAUUAAUAUUUAUGUUGUGUAUUUAUUUGUUGUGUUUUCAGCUGCAGGCCGGCAGCGGUCACUCUCAUUUCUCUCCAUCUUCUGUCCAAAUCCACGCAGCAUCAAACCCACUCACUGCUUCCAUCACUGACAGGAUGGAGGCAUGAUUGUGUCAGUCUCACUGAUUCAUCCUGUGGAAUUUGCGUUUCUGCCCGCUGAGUUUUUUACAGUCUGCUCUCUGUGCGUAACAGAGGCUGCGUUUGCAUCCGAAAAGAAAAGAGAAAAAGGAGAAAAAGGAGACAGGAGGUGAUGUGAGGAGAGCGCGCGGGUUGUUUCUGCUGUUCUGCUUCUGUAGCAAACAUCUAUCAGAGUCUGUCUGAGAGAGUGUUUUCUGUCGCGGGUGGGUUUUGGCAUCUAAAAAUCUGGUGCGUAAAAGAAAAGAGAGAGAAAAUCGCUCAAGUCAAAGUUUGUGCUUCAGAGACCCGGAGCCCACCCAGGCUGAGAUCGAUGUCUUGAAAUCCAUUCUCUGUUCAACAUCUCGAUCCGUUUUCUGUCUCGAGUUCACCCGCAUGACAGCUCUGUGUCCUCUCUGAGCCGUGCGUAAAAGGGCUGGAGCCAAAGAUGCGUCCAGAUCUGAUCUAAAACUCUACAGCUCCUGACCUCGCGGCCGCUGCGCGUCUGGCGUAUUGCGAUUCAAAAAAAAAAUGAUGUCACGCGAAGCCACAAGGGGACCUGGGAUUUACCAAAUACCUUCCAGUUGAGCAGGAGUCCUGCCAAGUAAGGGACAACCUCCUCCUCCUCCUCUCCUCCUCCUCUUCCAGCGGCGACAAGUGCAGAGAAUCGACGGAGGAGAAUUGAGCAAAUUAUCUACUUCUCCGCUCUCCUUCCUGGACGGUAACGAUCGGCGAGGUCUCGGCUCUCCGCACGCCGUUAUCGAGCGAGCCACGGCCGCCCUGAUUGUAGUCAAUAAGGAAGGGGGAGCGGGGCCGGUGAUUUGAAGGGGGGGUUCCCCGGUAGAUGAUGCCCUUUCCUGCGGGCCGGUGAGGAGCAGCACCGACCCCCGGCUUCCCUCCAGCAGCUUGUUGUUGUUGUUGUUGUUGUUGUUGUUGUUGUUGUUGCUGUCGCGGCGCGGUUGAUGCGGAGGUGAUGGAUGGUCCUCUCCGCCGCCCAGCGGGGAUCCUCGGCUCCCCCCCGGCUUCUGGGAGCCAGCCCGCGGGCUCCGACAUGCUCACCUCCGGCGGCAGCAGCAGCAAGCCUCUCGCUUUCUCCAUCGACCGGAUUAUGGCCAGGACGCCCGAGCCCAAGUCGAUACCGCUCCCCAGCUGGUUCCAGUCCGCUCCCGUGGGGAAACCCGACGUCUGUCCGUCCUCGCUGCAUUGUAUGAUCCCGCUGGUGCCGCUCGGGUACGAGCCGGGCCACCGGCUCAGCAUCACCGGGCUGGAUCCGGGCCACAUCGACGCGUCUUCUCUCGCCGCUCCCGCAGACUUUUUGGGCUUUGGCUUGAACUAUAAGAACCAGCAGGAGGACUCCGCUGUGAGCCAAAGCGCCGGCCAGUACAAACUCUUCAGGCCCCGGGUGGUGAACCAGUCCUCCUUCCCCACCAUGGGCACCGUGUGCUACCUGAACUGCAGCGGGGACAGCGGCGCGUGUCCCCCGCCGGCCGGCCUGGUCAACCUGCACCCGAUGGCCUCGUACCUGCUCACCGCCCGGCACAAAGCCUUCAUGGCGGAGAAGAGCAAGCCGGGCCUGCAGCAGGCCGGGGAGCGGUACCCGGUGUCCGGCGUGCAGGCCUUCAAGGAGCUGUCUCAGAGUCAGAUCCAGCACUACAUGAAGGAGCGGGACCAGAUCCUCACAGACAAGAUCUUCAAGGGCUCCGCGGCGGCGGCGGCGGCGGCCCGGCUCAGCGGCUCCUGUCCCGGCAACAAGCCCAAAGUGUUCACCUGCGAGGUCUGCGGCAAGGUGUUUAACGCGCACUACAACCUGACCCGCCACAUGCCCGUGCACACAGGCGCGCGGCCGUUUGUGUGCAAAGUUUGCGGGAAAGGAUUCCGACAGGCGAGCACACUGUGCCGACACAAAAUCAUCCACACUCAGGAAAAACCACACAAGUGUAACCAGUGCGGGAAAGCCUUCAACCGCAGCUCCACCCUCAACACGCACACGCGCAUCCACGCGGGAUACAAACCGUUCGUGUGCGAGUUCUGCGGGAAAGGAUUUCAUCAGAAAGGAAACUACAAGAACCACAAGCUGACACACAGCGGGGAGAAGCAGUUCAAGUGCUCCAUCUGCAACAAGGCGUUCCACCAGGUGUACAACCUCACCUUCCAUAUGCACACGCACAACGACAAGAAGCCCUUCACCUGCCCCACCUGCGGCAAGGGCUUCUGCAGGAACUUUGACCUGAAGAAACACAUCAGGAAGCUGCACGACCCGGUCGGCCCGCAGUCGCCCCCUCAGGCCUGAGAGACGCUCGGCUCGGACCUGAACAGUGACUCUUUACCCUUCAUCCCGACACACCAAAAAAUACAUCAAGUCUGCUGUGACCUCGCUGUCAAGCUGAAACUAAACUGAACUCCUUAUAGUCCAGAGUUACAGAGUCCUGUAGGUGUUAGGGUGAAGAUUAUUUUAUAAAAUAGAAACUCGUGCCCUCAAAUGACUGAUUAAUGUGCUUUGUUCACCUGAAGAUCACUCAGUCCUCCUCUCAGAUGACUUCAUUCAGACACUUCGUUCAUGUGCAGCCAUGAAAUUUAAGUAUUAAAGCUGAUUCUGAUCCACAUUUAGAAAAAAUAUGUUCAGUUUGAGACAAAAACAGUCAAAAUCAAAGCACAGAGACAAAGAUAUCCCGUCUUUUAGCUCCUGGUGUAUGCUUUAUGCUCCAAAAACACAGGACCCUACAUUUCCCACAAUGCAACUGGACUGUGUGUUUUGAAUAGAGCCUCCCUGCCUGGCCACGUCUUUCAAACUCAGUUGUCCAGUUUGUAAUCUGUUUCAUACAUUUAAAGCCUCCAAGCCUGCUCCGAGACAACCCUGAUGACAUCACUAUGACGUCAUCAGGGUUAUUUUCUCAGAGCUACACAAAGAGUCACUGAAGACAACUGGCAGACGAAAACUGACCAUGGCUGAUUUUCAUGUGUAAAAUUAGUGAUGUGGCCCUUUAGAUUUUCACCAGCAGGGUCUCUUUGACUGACACAGACGAUAACCAAUCACAUCAUUAAGAGGGCGGUCCCUUCUGAAAGGGAUAAUGGCGCCUAUUCAGGGUUCAACUUUGACCUAUCCCUGAUAUAAGUUGAGCCUUGUGAUAAAAGAAAUGCGACCUGCUUGAUAUGUACGGCCCUGCUUUACAGAGACACAGUUUUACAUUAAACCGAUGAAGUCCAACAGUAUUUUGUCACAUUCUGAUCCCUGUUCAGGGUCAGUGAAGCACAACUAAAAUAUUUUUAAUGAGGUUCGCGUAUGUUUUGGUCACUAUUCCUCUCAACUAAUUGUGAGCAGCUCGUCUGAUAGAGCCCAGAGAGUCAUUUUUAAAUUCUUCCCAAUAACAGACGUUUCCUUUGUACAAAUUUCCCCCGAUGUGGCGCCCUAAAUGUGACCUAGAAGAAAGACACGAGGAAGCCCAGUCGCCUCUCAGGCCUGUUGAACCCUAACCUGACCCUUCCUCUUGAACUUCACCCUGCUAAAGCCAUCAGGACACGUCCUCUCCCCUCCAGGCCCCACAAGGGCCCCUCAGACCUGAUUUGACGUGACCCCUGACCCCUCUGACUCCUCUGGCCACGACGCCGGCCUGGAAACUGACCGGAGAUAACCUCCAGACCGACCGGCCGCGAUGCUUCUGUCUCUGGACUGAGGACAUUUCACAGAGGACACACAGAACUUAGAUUUGCCGUCCUCUGAUUAUUAGUCCAUGAUAUUAUAAUGGUGGCUAAUUAUUACGUCAUUAGUCAUCAGUGAUUCCUAGUUUUCAUUAUUUUUCAGUUACAUCUCAGGAUGUGAGAUUGAUGAACUCUGAGACCAGAGAUGUGGCAGAGGUGAAGCAACAACCAUCGAUUUUAGAGUCAAAAACAGGAUUCAUACCAACAUUUUAAAAUAUUCAGUAUUUUUCUUAUUUUUAACAAAUCCCAUAAAAAGACUAAAACCAACACAGAGUUUAUUUUACUAACAAGUAUUGUGUGUGUGUGUGUGUGUGUGUGUGUCAGAGCCUGAUUUAUCUGCUGCCUUGUCCAGAAAACUAUUAAAAACACAUCAGCGAGCUGCACUGUCGCAGCCUUCAUACUUAUACCAACAAAAAGUAAUGUAACAGAAUUCAUAUAAGCCACGUAGUCACGAGCCAGUAAUUCAUCUAUAAUCUGGGUUAUAGAUGAAUGUGUGAAGGCUGUGAUGACAUGACUAGUGCUCUGACGGAAGUAAAUUAGAACGUAGUAUAAAGAGCAAACAGGCAGGUUGGAGUGUAUGACUCAAACAAACACUAUAUUUACCCAGGAGAUCGGUGUCCAUGACCCAAGUGAAACCAAGUGAACUUUGAGUUAUUUUAAGGCAUGUUGUCACGUUUGUUUUCCCAAACCUAACCGAUGUAACUUAACGUUAAGUACGUAAC